AUGAUAGGAGAUAGUGCAGCAGCCAAACUCGGUGCAGUACCACUGUCCAAUGACACAGUCGCUAGGAGAAUUUCAGACAUGUCUAAUGAUAUCAGAGAGCAACUGAUAGAGUUCAUAAAAAAGAGUCCUUACUACGCACUGCAGCUGGAUGAAUCCACUGAUAUUGCUGGGCAGGCACAGCUCCUCACCUAUGUCAGGUAUCUGCGGGACAAGGCGAUUGCGGAGGAUGUCCUGUUUUGCCGGCCUCUUCAGUCGCACACUACAGGAGAAGCCAUCUUCAAUGUCCUUGAUAUUUUUAUCCGAGAAAAUGGUUUGACUUGGGACCGAUGCGUUAGCCUAUGCACGGAUGGUGCGCGGGCAAUGACGGGCCGUGAGCGUGGCCUAGCUGCUCGCGUUCAGCAAGUAGCUCCACUUGUGAAAUGGACACAUUGCAUGGUCCAUCGCGAAGCACUAGCUGCUAAAAAAAUGCCAGUUCUCUUUGACUCCGUGCUGAACCAAUCAGUGAAAAUGCUAAAUCUCAUCAAAUCACGGCCGCUAAACUCUCGCUUGUUUGGGGUCCUCUGCCCGGAAAUGGGGUCAGGGCACGAACAGCUGCUUCUGCACACUGAAGUUCGCUGGCUCUCCAGGGGGCGUGUGUUACAGCGGUUGUAUGAUCUGCGAGAGGAGGUGAAGUGUUUUUUGACAGAAAUCAAAUCAGAUCUGGCGAAGCAUCUGGAUGACACUAUGUGGCUUGCAUCUCUGUCCUAUUUGGUCGAUAUAUUUGACCGCUUGAAUGGCCUCAACCUGUCUUUGCAAGGCCGCGAAACUCAUAUUUUGCUCCUUGCAGACAGAGUGGACGCCUUCACACAGAAACUUGACCUCUGGCAUGGCCGCAUCAGUCGAGGGAACUGCGACAUGUUCCCCAGCCUUGCAGACUUCAUCACUGAUGCAGGCACGUCACACGAUUUCUCCUCUCUGUUUCAGUCAGCGUCUGAGCACUAUCGCUCUUUUACGUGGGUUCGAGAUCCAUUUGUGUGCACAGCAAACGAGCUGUCAAUUGAUGUGCAGGAACAGCUUAUUGAGCUGAAGAGCGACAGUAGGCUGAAGGAACUCUUUACCUCACGCCCUCUUUCGUCAUUCUGGGCAGCAUUGAUGCAGGAAUACCCUCAACUUUGUGACGGCGCCUUGAAGAUUCUCCUCCCUUUCGCGACGACAUAUUUGUGUGAGGCAGGAUUCUCAAAAAUGACUGCACUCAAACCAAAUACCGCAAUCGUGCACAAAUUGAGGAUGAUUUGA